AUGGCCUCUUUUCUCCCGACUGGAAAGCCCCUGGUUUACCUGAUUACCGUGACAUGUUCUGCCGGUUUCCUCAACUUUGGUUACGACCAGGGUGUAUUCGCGGGCUCUCUGGUGUCCCAUUACUACCUUACCACGUUCGGGCCAAACCCGGAGACGCCGCCUGAUGCGUCAACUCAAGGAACAACGAGCGCGUUGUUCGAUAUCGGCGGAGCGGUGGGCGCGCUCGCCGUAAUGUUCAUCGGUGCGAUCCUUGGUAGAAGACGGACAAUUCAGGUCGGAUGUGUCCUAGUCGUCGUCGGCGCGAUACUCCAAGCGACAAGCAGCACGCUAGGGCAGUUAAUUGCUGGACGGCUUGUCACGGGUCUUGGAGUCGGUAUACAGACAACCACUGUACCCAACUACUUAGCCGAGUGUACCCCGGCUGCCAGCCGUGGAGCUCAUAUGGCCAUAGAGAUCUGUUUCUGUGCCCUCGGGCUUUUCUUAGCGCAGUGGAUCAACUACUCACAAGCAGACUCCGAAUCUCAUUUCGCGUUCUCCUUCCCACUAGCCUUCCAAGUCGUAUUUGUAGUCUUCACCGGAUUCUUUUGUUUCGUCUUACCAGAGUCUCCUCGAUGGCUCGUCUCCAAAGGACGUAUAGAGGAAGCGGAACAGGUGGUCAUGCGACUGCUGGGCGAAGGAGCUACAUCGGAGACGCCAGAAGUUAGGCAAAUGAUGACCGAGAUGAUAGAGGCUGAGGAGCUGGAGACUCGGGGCGGUGCAAAAAACAGGUUUAAGCAGCUGUUCACGAGUGGCCCGACCCAGAAUGCCAGACGCGUCGGACUUGCUUGCCUCGUUGCCAUCGGACAGCAAGCUACUGGUGUCAACGCUGUCACAUAUUAUGUCCCUACUCUACUCCAGAAGUACUUGAAGGUCGGGAGACAUGGCAGCCUAUUGAUCGGAGGCUUCUUCUCCGUCGUUUCUUUCGUCUUCACCCUUCCCACUAUCGUUCUUAUCGAUAAGAUUGGACGGAUUGCGCUCUUCAUCAUUGGCUGCGCUAUACAGGCCAUUUGCUGGAUCAUCAUUGCAGCGCUGAUCCCGACAGCUCCAGAGGGAUCGAGCGUCUUCGGCGGUGUCAUUGUGGCGUUUAUCUUCGUCUUUUUCGCAUCUUACAGUACCUGCUGGCUAGCCACGUCGUGGGCGUAUGGCGCAGAGGUCCUACCGUUGAAUAUCCGGUCCGACGGACUCGGGUUCGCCGGUGUAUGGGUGUGGUUCUUCAACUUCGUAAUCGUCGAGUGGACACCGUCGGCUAUCGAGGAUAUCGGAUACAAAUACUACAUUAUCCUGGCUGUCUUCAAUGUUGCCAUGAUCCCGAUAUUCUACUUCUUCGCGCCCGAGACGAGAGGAAAAACCCUGGAGCAGAUGGACUUCUACUUUGCGUCGAAGUAUGGUGGACAGGCCGCUUUGGAGGCUGUGGAGGCUGAGCACCGAGUCCAGGAUAAGAACGGUAGUGUGCGGACGGAGGAGCUGGAGAAGGUCUCUGAUCCUGCCUAACUUGGCGGUUGUAACACCUGGGGUCAAUGGAAGCUUUAUGAAUGCUAAUUGUUCGUCCAUGAUGACCGUGUAGGUUAUGCAGAAAUGACC